AUGAUUUUUAGGAUGAUUAUAGUUUUUGCAUUUUUGAGAAAAUCUUGUCCGUAUGAUUUAGAAAACUUAGCAUACCGUAAACCUGCAUGGCAAGCUAUAACGCAUUUCAAUAACCCUGAACUUGGACCAGAAAAGGCCGUUGAUGGACUUAAAUUUAAUCGUUCUUGGUUCGGAUACCAAUGUUCUAUAUCCGCCAAUAGUCAAACAACAGCCACUUGGUGGGUUGAUCUUCAAGCCAUACGUAGUAUCCACCAUAUUGUUAUAUAUUACAGAACUUCCCAUGGGAAGAAGAUAUGCUUCCCUUUGAAAUGGAUUAAUAACGACAAUUCCUUAACGACGCGAUUUCUUGGAUUCUCGAUUUUUGUUUCAAAUACACGAAAAAAAGAAGAUGGAAUGUUGUGUUUCCAUGACGAAGAAUACAAUAUCACUACAAUUACAGAUGUUGUCAACAUUACUUGUACCGUUCACGGACGAUACGUUAUCUAUUAUAAUGAAAGAAUUCCCUCGAAAGAAUAUCCCCAGGACUACUCUAGAACUGCUUAUAGUGAACUAUGUGAAGUUGAAGUUUACGGAUGCCCUAUAGAAGGUUAUUAUGGUUCAGAUUGUUUUCUUCCUUGUUUAAAAAAUUGCCGAGAAUGUGACAUAGAAACAGGUGAAUGUAAUCAAUGUAAAGCAGGAUUUCAAGGAAAAAAAUUGCGAAUUACAGGAAGAUGCGAUAUACGCAUAUUUCAUUCCAUCUAUUCAUGUUGUAGAAUGUGUGAUCCUGGAAAGUUUGGAGAAAAAUGCAAAGGGAUUUGUGGUAUGUGUAUUGGGGAGUGCUACCAUAUAAAUGGAACUUGCUCCGAAGGAUGCCAAACCGGGUAUCAGGGAGAUUUAUGUGAGGAAGAUGAAAAUAAUUCUUUAGCUGGGAGAUUUUUGGGAUUCUCUAUCUAUAUAUCAGACACUGAAAAGAAAGAUGAUGGUACAUUAUGUUUCCAUGACAACAAAUAUAAUAUGUCAACAAUACCAGCUGUUGUAAACAUCACGUGUCAAUUGUACGGCCACUUUGUUAUCUAUUAUAACGAAAGGAUAAACAACACAGUUUACCCAGGUGGUUACUCUAAGUAUGCUUUCAAUGAACUUUGCGAAGUAGAAGUUUAUGAAUGUCCUCAUGGAAGAUAUGGAUCUGAAUGCGAAGAAUUUUGUGGAAAAUGUAAAGGAGAAUGUGAUCACGUGAAUGGAAGAUGUUACAAUGGAUGCAAACCAGGCUAUAAAGGAUUAUCAUGUAAUGCAAAAUGCCCAUCAGGAAGUUAUGGAACUAAUUGUACAGAAAUUUGUGGAGCAUGUCUCGGAAACUGUAAUACAAUUGACGGACAUUGUCCAAGGGGUUGUGAAGCCGGAUAUAUGAGAGGCAUUUGCAAGGAAGAAUGUUCUCUUGGAAGAUUUGGAGUAAACUGUAGCAGUGUGUGUGGGGAAUGUUCUGGAAGAUGUAACAACAUUGACGGAGUUUGUGCCGGGGGUUGUAAGGCAGGUUAUCAUGGGAAAAGAUGUCUUGACGUGUGUGAUUUUGGAUUUUAUGGAAUAAAUUGUCAACACCAGUGCAGUAUGUUUUGCUCCAAAUCACGAAACUGCAGUAGAUUCAGUGGGGAAUGCAUUGAUGGGUGCAAACAGGGAUGGGAAGGAAUGGAUUGUCUGGACA